AUGAUCGCAGAUUCAAAGAAGAUUUCCUGGUCGGCCAAAAACGAGAGCUUCAAGGAUGGCAGAAUGUACAACAACUUCCAGGGGCAGCGGAAAUACCGUUCAAACAAUCGAGCGGAGGAGCCUCUCAAGUCAACCUCUCAAGAGAAUGCACCUCGCGGAGAGUCCGACUACACUCUCAGACCAUCGCAUAUGAAUAAUCAAGCUAGGGCCAGCCCAGCACUGCGACUCAUCGAGUCAGAAAUAAAUUCAGCUCGGUGGUCCGCCCGCACGCUGCUCAGAGUCAAGCCGGUCAAUUUUCAUGCCCUGCCGCUGGAUGCUACAAUGAUGGAGGGCGACGCCAACCCCUUGGCAACCAUCCAAUUCUUUGUCGAGCUUUACUGUCCGUCUAUGCUGCGUUACCCAACGUUUAGAUUGGAGAGCAGAGAUUCGAAGUUCAUCGGUACCAAUCUUUCGGCAAUGAUGCAAGAUCCCUUGAUAACGGCAGCCGGCCUUGCAUUUGCUUCUCGCAUACAUGACAAACGACAGAGCCGGAAAGUGGUCGGGUAUUACUGGAAGGCUCUUGUCCUCCUUCGAAACAGACUUGAAUCCGACCCUCCCGAUUCGACCGACGCUAUACUGCUUAGUCUUAUUUAUUUGAUGGCUGUUGAGGCACUCUCGGAAGACUUGGGGUCACCUCUUCAGCAUCUGGGUGUGAUGCAUCGUAUGAUACAAAUGCGAGGCGAGCUCAGAUCUACCGGCUUACAGGGCUACAUCAAGGCUCACAUCAGAUCCUGGGAAACAUUCCUGGGAGGGGUGUAUGCUGAGCCUGACCGAGAUCAGGUGCCAAAGUUUCCUUACGGCCUGCUUGAAUAUCCUACACAUCCUUUCCACCCGGAAUUUAGCCUGACGUUGAGUCGCCUGCCUCUAGGCUUUGUUGAAUUAGCCAUGUCUUGCAGACUGAGCGUUCAAGUGGUUCAAGUUGUGCAGACAAGUGCGCAACUAAUGUCUGAUCUAAUGCACCAGACGCAAGAUCUCGAGCAAGAUGACAAACUCGCACUUUCGCCAUCAACAUAUCCAGUGUCGCCUCCUCAAGUCAUGUUCCUGGCUAUUGUAAUCCUGCAAAACCCCCACCGGAACAUGGUGGAAGAGUUGUUGGCCAUUUCAUUGCUGGCCCUCACUAUCUCAACCGAGACUUUAGGGGAACAUAUAACGAAUGGCUAUGGAUUUAUUCAAACCUUUUGCAUGCUGAAUUGGGACGUCGAUUAUGGGAGAGAAUGUCGCAGUACAGGGGCCCUGGGACUUGAAGACUUUCUUCUCUGGGUGAAAAUGUUACUGUUGGCGACAUUCGACCAUGACACGCAAACCUGGAAGACUGCCAACAAACUACGUCGGGACGUCCCAUUUCUAGAGUUCAACCACCUACAUUUUGAGGUCUGUAGGCAAUUCUUCUGGACCGAGUUGCUGACUCUUUCGCUGGAGCGGAAGAUGGCGCAAGACAGAGCACUAUCUAAACCACGCAGCGACGACGAUCCAGGCAGCUAG